AUGAGUCCCCCGUGGGAACCGUACCCCGAGCGGAAGCGCAAGCUCGAGGAGCGAGCCAGAAGGCACAAAAGUAAAGCCAACCAACAGGUUCCCGGUGGAAAGCAGCAUGUUGGUAGCCUUGAACGCCGAAGAAACCGAAACCCGGCCACAGACUCGUCGUUUUCUUCGUCGAGCUCCGCGGACGAUCAUGCACGAGGAGCCGACGGUGCAGUAGCAGGAUACGAUACGGACUCGGUCGCCACUAGCUGCGGUUCAUACCGGAAAGGAUUGUUGAAGAGUGGCGACAGCCAUGUUCGCGUGCGUCCCGACAACUGCAGCUGCUUGCAGGACGGUGGCUGCGGGGACGAGGAUGGUUGCUGCGCCGAGGAUUUGCCCGGUGUCGAGGCUUGCCCGUGCUUUGACCGUGUUUCGACGGCGGGGAUACUUGAGGAAAAGCUCCCAGUGGAUACGUGCGGCGUGUGCCUGGAAGAUGGGAAGCUACGAACCUGCUGCAACAGGCAUUACUGCAAGCUUUGUUAUGAGGGCACGGGCAACUGUCCUGGCUGCCAUGUGAUCACUGUCGGCGCCAACCGCGGCCUGCUGGCAUCACAAAAAGACGCCGCCGACAGUGCUUCUGCGGCGGCCAGAGCCGCCGUUGCCACGUUGCCGGGUGUCCGAGAUGGUGAAGAGUGCCGCAAGUGCUUGCGGCAAGGGUUCGCCCGCAAGUGCUGCGGCGAGUUCUACUGCAGCAGCUGCUACUUCCAGACCGGCCACUGCCCCAGCUGCCACGUCCUGGCCGAGAAGAGAAUAGAGUACCAGAGGAUCCCGCGCGACCCGGGGGUGGUGCCUGUUCUCGUCGGCUUCUUUGCGACCGUUCUCGUGUGCCUGGUAACUCUCGCCGGGGUCUCGGUGGCCAUAGCCAGCAACAGCGCCGUGAUCAAGACGGUGUUUGAUCAGACCUGCUACGGGUUCUUCCCAAGCUGCACCCCCGGCCCGAAGUGCGUGGCCUACGACUCUGGCGAUAUUGGAAACGGCCUCGAGCCCAUCACAGAAUGGAGUGCCUGCGAGGACGAGACUACUGUGAACAAGAUCUACGGAAGCUUCUGCGUUUUUGACGAGGAGGUUUACGUGUACUCGGACGAAAAGUGGGGCUUCGACUUUUGCGAGGAAGAAUUCAUGUCCGGCUCCGCCGGCGCGUACGUGUUCGAAGACACGUUCGAGAUGUGGGACGCCGAGAACUUGUCCUCGAACACAAUGGCCUCCGCGCGCUGGGACCACGUGACGAACGGCCGGUUGUCGGAUGUGUGCGGGUUGGGCAACGGGGCGGGGACGAUGAUGUUCUCGGGGGCGAACUUCCGGGAGGUGGAGACGUUGGAUGUCGACAUGAGGUACGGCGGAAAGGUGCUGUUCCUGAUGAAGAUGGGGCCGACGGUGCCGGACGCUUCGGCCGUCUUGUGCAAGCCCGCGUACGGUGGCAACGUUUACUUGUACUACUCGCUGGACGGGGGUGGCGUGUGGGAGACGCUCUCCAUCCUAGAGACGUUUGCCUACCGGAAGGAGGCGUUCACGGAGGUGGAGGUAGACGUGCCGUCAACGUUGAAUGCGGCCUCGGUGCGCUUCCGGUGGAAGCAGGAGAACUUCGAGAACGCUCUUGAGUACUGGGCGCUGGACGAUGUCAGGGUCCUGAGCUACUUCGCGGAGGGCUGGCGCGAAACGGCCGCGUUCGAGUCGACCGUCGACGUCGAGCACGAGACCCUGCGGGAGAUCCGCUGCUGCCUCAACAGCGAGCAAUGCGAUCUCAGCAAGAACAGGCAGGAGGCCGUGGACUGCGCUGCGUACAUCACCGAGACGUUGAACGAGCGGGCUCUGUUGGGCGCGGAGCUCUUUGUUCUGUUGGCAGGACUGGUAACUCUCGCGAGGUCCUUGUACCGAACGGGGGAGGGGAUGGUGUUGGAAGGAUGGGAGUACGCCAUACCCGUCUUCUUGAGGAAGAAAAGGGCCAAGAUUUUCAUGGCCGACGAUCCGGUCCCUGGGUCCAUGAACAAGGUUUUCCGCUUGGAGGUCAAUCUAAGGUGGCAAACCCGUUUCGUCGCCCUCGUCGGGGUACCGCUAGGCAUCUGCUGGCUGUACUGCGCGACCCUCUUGAGAAACUUUUACCUGGUGGAGGAGCUGACGCUACUUCCGGAUGUCUCUCCCCAGUCGGUCAGGGUCAAGGUGCACGUAUCUGGUCUAUUCAUCCUGGCUACCUUCAUCGACGUGCAUUCGGUGUUUCUCCUGGCCAGGGACGUCGUGUGUGUGCUGCCGUUGUGGCUGCCGAAGGUGGACGUCGACUUGCGCCCCUCCGCCGGCUGGCUUCGCAUCGGCACACAACAAAUUUCUCUCAAAGAUAUCAAGGACACGGAAAUGUUCAGCAGGCGGUUCUGUCUGUGGCUGGCCGCGGGGUACAUCGCCGGCGUCAUGCCGUGGUGCCUCGUCUCCCUCAUCCUCAAGUACAGCUACAUCCCGUACGCCGUGGCCAGAUACGUGACGGUCUCGCUGGGGACGGUGGUGCUGGCGCGGGCGUGGCUGGGGCCGGAGUGGGUGGUGAAGACGGCGUACUCGGUGCGGUGGCUGCUGACGAUGGACAUUCUCAGACGCGACGACAUCGGGAACGCUUUCAUCGCCGAAAAAACGAAGCACUUGGUAGUUUGCUGCGCGGUGUUCGGCACUCUCCUGACGAUGGUCGUUUUGCAGCUGUUCAACACUCGGUUCUUCGCCAUCAUUUCGGCUGUGGCGUUGGCCAUGUUCGCAUUUUACGGAUUGGGUCUCUCGGUGGUGCAAGGGUUGCCAAUAACGCCGAGAUUCCACCUCACCACUAUCAGCAGGGGAGUGAUGCUCCGAGUUCACCGGCGAGUCGUUUGUCCAUGCGAGCGGCGCCUAGAGCAGUGCGGUGGCAUGCACAGCCGCGACGAGCUUGUCUGCGUCUUCGUCCGAGAUGCCUUAACCUUCAACGAGAUGCUCCGGGGGGACGACACCGUAGACUAG